GUGCAGUCGUGCUCGGCGAGCGAACAUCGCCGGUCGAUGAUCGCGAUCCGAAUUCCGUGAUAAUAUGCCGGACUGAAAUACGAGAUCUGUCCGUUUGAAUUUAAAGUAGAAACAGCUUUACGUAUUCCUCGCGUGCGUGCUGCUCUAGCGAUAAGUGUGCGUCUUAUCGAUUUAAUGAUGUCAAAUGUGAACGUACGUACAUCAUUUGUACGCAUCCCCAGACUCAUUUGGCGAUAAACAUACCAACGGCCGAACUGCUUUGUCUGUUCAGUGUUCACUCUCGGAAUAUAUUUCUCCUCCAGUGACGAUUUACACACUCGUAUUGUCGCAGAGGCUGGUAGAAAUUGCCUAUUUUUCUAACAAGGGUGUAAAGUGUUACGAACAAUAUUUUUCGUCCUACGUAGGUGUAAAACAGGAUCUUAUGAUCCGGUCGCGGGCGUAAAAUCGCGUUUUCGGUCUGCUACAACGAAAAGAAAAUUACGCGUAUAAGUCGAGAAGUGAAUUGUACUGUCAACCUUCACCUGCUGUGUUUAGUUGUGUAAUCGAGUGAAACGUCAACAGCAGUGGGUUGAAUUUAUUGAUACAAGUGGAUCGGUUUAGUGUGUCGGAAACAAUGUCUGUUAAUGUGGAACAUUUUUUCUUUACGAAAUGUUAACGACACGGUGUACAAGUCAAUUUUACUUCACUUGCAUAUCUUUAGUUCUCGGCCAUUAUACGCUAAAACGCUGUUUUGUUGUUCGGUUUCUUUAUAACGCAGCGUUCUUAAUUACUGUGUUGUGAGGACGUGAGGACAAAAUGAGGUGCUUAUUCUAUUGGAUGUUGGUGACAGUUUCACUGAUUGAGGUGAACGCACGGUUGCAGAAAACCUUCUAUCGGUCGUUCAAAUGCCAGAAUCAUAAAUGCUCCAGGACUCUGCGUCCGCUUGCGGAACCUCCGCGUAUUGGAAUAUCCUUGGAAGUCCUAGAGGAACAUUCAACUUUGGCCGCCUGCCGACUAGUCUGCGAUCCUUUUGCUGCCCUAUGGCCAAUUCCAACAGGCCUUACCACCCUGGGGAAUAAAUACACGGAAAUCCAUCCGUCCCAAUUCAAAUUCGUGACGUCAGCCAUCCCAGAAGAAGUGAAAAGCUUUGUCGACGAGGUGACCGGAAUUUUUACGCACAACCUUCAGAGCUUUUGCAACAGUGAAUACUUGGCUAAGAAUGGCACCUCGAUCGCAGUCACUCUCAAUGUCAAUUCUUCGGACCUCACUCUUGAUUGGCUCACCAAUGAAUCGUACUCCUUGGAUUUGCGCUUCGACGAUUCAGGCAGCAAAGGCGAGGCCAGACUCACGGCUCAAACUGUAUACGGUCUUAGACACGGGUUAGAAACAUUGCUACAGCUAACAGCGCCAGUUAUAAUGCAGGGAGGCAUCCGAGGCCUGGUUAUCAUCACCUCGGCGAACAUAAAAGAUGCCCCAGAGUUCGUGCACAGAGGACUAUCGCUGGAUACUUCCCGGAACUUUGUGACGGUUCCGGACAUCCUCAGAACUAUCGACGGUCUUUCAUCCUGUAAAAUGAACGUUUUACACUGGCACGUGACCGACUCCCAGAGCUUUCCUAUCGAGAUAAAACGCGUUCCUGCCAUGACGCAAUACGGUGCCUACAGUCAGGCAAAAAUCUACUCAACCGAGGACGUGAAGUUGAUAUUGAAGUACGGGAAGGCGAGAGGCGUCAGGGUGAUCCCGGAGCUUGACAUGCCAGCACACAGUGGAGCGGGAUGGGAAUGGGGUGAAGAAGCUGGCCUCGGUCGACUGGGAGUUUGCAUAGGCUCACAGCCUUGGCAAGAGUUCUGCAUUCAGCCACCCUGUGGCCAACUCAACCCUACAAACGCCAACCUCUACAAUGUCCUUCGAGAAAUUUAUAAGGACAUUAUAGACCUUUGGGGCCCCAGUGAGAUCUUCCACAUGGGAGGAGACGAGGUUUUCAUACCCUGCUGGAACUCGACGAAAGAAAUCACAGACGCGAUGUUGAGCCGAGGCUUAGGCCAAGAAGUCGACGAUUUUCUGCAGCUUUGGUCCGAAUUCCAAGCGUCCUUACUUAACGUCGUCAACGAGGAGAGAGGCAAGGCAGGUGGUAGAAACGUAAGCACGAUUCUUUGGUCCUCGUACCUCACCAGUCCAGAAGUGAUCGAAAAGUAUUUGGACAAGAACCGAUAUGUUAUUCAAACCUGGGUCGAAUCUUCGUCUCCGAUACCCCGCCAGCUCCUUAAUCUUGGAUACCAGAUCAUCGUCAGCACAAAGAACACUUGGUACCUUGACCACGGCUUUUGGGGUAAUACCAAAUACCACACAUGGAGGGACGUAUACAAGAAUCGUAUACCCAAAACGGACAAAGUGUUGGGUGGCGAAGUAGCAUCGUGGGGAGAAUACGUCGAUAGCGGAUCUCUGGACCCAAGACUUUGGCCACGCACAGCUGCAGUCGCGGAACGACUUUGGAGUAAUCCAAUCCGCAUGUCGACCGCCAAAGUGGAACCCCGACUUCACGGACAUAGGGACCGUCUGACGAUCCGAGGUAUUAAUUCGGAUGCCAUGGCACCCGAAUGGUGCGCGCAGCAUGAUGCAGAGUGCCAAUGAAACAUUAAUAUGCCGGAAAUAAAGUCGACAAUGAAUAUUGCGAGCCAAAGUGUGGGCGUGAAGAGAGCAACAUGGCGUCACACUGAACAAUCAGCUGAUCGUUUCAGUCCCAGUUUAAGCUGAAUUGCACGAAUAUUGGUUAACAGAAAACUCCGUGCUAGCACUUGCACUUUUCUUUCGACACAUUGGGUUGGUAAAGAGUGAUAUAUGCGUUAUAAAAUGACUUUUACUAUCAAACCCACCCCGGUUCCUAUAAAUAUAUACCCCCACCCUAUAAAUAUUUUGUAUGCUAGUAAAUCAUAUCCGUAAGUCAAAAAUGAGGAAAUAGCUGGACCAAAAAUCGAUCUACAUGAUUCGUUAAUGUAUUGGCACUGCAAGCAGGGAAAUUUGCAUUAAUUCAAUUUCAUUUUUUGACAUGUACGAGAUUAAUCGAAUACUGUGAUGUAUGUAUGAAGGUUCUGUGUUUUCAGAAUACAGCCUUUUAUGUUCAUUUUCAUAAAUAUACAAUAUACUUUACA